CCCGCUUCCUCCGGACCCCGCCCUCUGCGUCACGUGACCCGCACGCCCUUCUCUACGAUGGCCGGAUGUGGGUGAGCCCAUUCGCUGGCGCAGAGGGGAGGUCAGGGAGGACGUAGCUUCAAUUCCAAGCGAGGGCGCAGUGGGCGGGACUAGCGAGCCGGCGACGGAGCCUGGACGUCAGGUUGGCGGUGACGCGCGUGCGCGUCCGCGGCCGGAGACUACAGUAAUGAGCUGGUGGCCUAGCAACCUCGAAAGUUGCCGAAACCAAGGAGAUUUGGCGAUGGAGGCUUUGUUGGAAGGAAUACAGAAUCGGGGACGUGAUGGGAGUUUUUUGACAUCCUGUGAAGCAGAACUACAGGAGCUCAUGAAACAGAUUGACAUAAUGGUGGCUCAUAAAAAGUCUGAGUGGGAGGGGCAGACACAUGCUCUGGAAACUUGCUUGGACGUCCGUGAGCGGGAGCUGAAGAGUCUGAGGGGUCAGUUGGAAAUGAAACACAAAGAGGUUGGAAUGUUGCGUCAGCAGGUAGAAGAGCAUGAAAAGGUCAAGCAAGAGAUGGCCGUGGAGUAUAAGCAGGAGUUAAAGAAACUACAUGAAGAAUUAGGCAGACUGAAGAGAAGCUAUGAAAAGCUACAGAAAAAACAUAUAAGGGACUUCAGAGGAAACACCAAAAAUUACAGGGAAGAUCCGUCUGAAAUUGAGAGGUUAACUGGAAAAAUAGAGGAAUUCCGCCAGAAAUCACUGGACUGGGAGAAGCAGCGCAUGAUUUAUCAGCAACAGGUGUCUUCUCUGGAGGCACAAAGGAAGGCGCUGGCUGAACAGUCAGAGAUAAUUCAGGCUCAGCUGGCCAAUAGGAAACAGAAGUUAGAGUCUGUGGAGCUGUCCAGCCAGUCGGAAAUUCAGCACCUGAGCAGCAAGCUGGAGCGGGCCAACGACACUAUCUGUGCCAAUGAGUUGGAAAUAGAGCGCCUCACCAUGAGGAUCAAUGACUUGGUUGGAACUAACAUGACUGUUAUGCAACAGCAGCAGCAAAAAGAAGAAAAAUUGAGGGAAUCUGAAAAACUGUUAGCGGUUCUGCAAGAAGAACAGAGAGAAUUGAAGGCAACUCUUCAGUCUCAAGAAAAUUUCAUCCUUGAAGAAAGAAUGGAGAAGGAGAAGCUACAAGCAAAAUUAAAGGCAACUGACACUGAACAUACAAUAGAGGCCAUAAGGUCACUGGAGGAGGCUCAGGCAGAAAGGAGGUACAGCUCUCAAGGGCAGGGGGGCUUAGACAACGUGCUCUCCCAGCUGGAUCUUACCCAUACAAGUGAAGAAAUUCUGCAGGCAGAGGUGACUCGUCUGGAAGGCAGCUUGGAAUCUGUGAGUACAACAUGUAAACAGCUGAGCCAAGAACUAAUGGAAAAAUAUGAAGAAUUGAAGAAGAUGGAAGUGUAUAACAAUGAGUACAGGGCAGAGAUCAAGAAGUUGAAAGAUCAGAUUUUACAGACUGAACAAAGUUACAGUUCUGCUCUAGAAGGAAUGAAGUUGGAAAUCUCCCAACUCACUCGGGAGUUACAUCAGCGAGAUAUCACUAUUGCCUCCACCAAAAGUUCUUCCUCCGACAUGGAAAAGCGACUCAAAGCAGAGAUACAAAAGGCGGAAGAAAAAGCCGUAGAGCGUGAGGAGAUUUUGGAUCAGCUGGAGUCACUCAAGUUGGAAAAUCGUCAUCUUUCUGAAAUGGUGAUGAAAUUGAAAUUGGGUUUACAUGAGGCAAAAGAGAUUUCACUAGCAGACCUCCAGGAGAACUAUAUUGAGGCCUUAAAUAAAUUAGUGUCUGAAAAUCAACACCUACAGAAAGAUUUGAUGGAUACCAAAUCUAAGCUGGAGAUUUCUACUCAGAUGUGCAGGAAAAACCAUGACAGGAUCUUUAAACCAACACACAGCAGAGCACCUGAGUUCAAGAAUACAGAGUUCAAGCCAACCCAUGGCCAGCACAGACAUGAUGGAAUACAGACUGACCACUACAAAACAGGUCUUCAUUCUCCGGGAGAUCAAGUGUCGGAUAGUACAGAGCUCAUGUCCAGGGUCCUCAGCCCCCUGAGUGCUCAGAGCAGCCCUUACAGCUCCACCAUCUCUCUGCCUUCUAACUUUCUGUGUAAAACUCAGUCUUUGCCUUCAGUGCUAGAAGGAAAUGAAGCCAGUUUUUCUGACACUGUCUCUGAGAGUAUAAAUGACCAAGAAGAGUUUAUAUCUUCGUCUGCCCUGCCUGUAGCUCCCCUCGGGUCAAUAGCUACAAGGUUUUUGGAAGAGGAGGAACUGAGGUCCCAUCAUAUUCUAGAGCGGCUGGAUGCCCACAUUGAAGAGCUGAAAAGAGAGAGCGAAAAGACGGUGAGACAGUUCACAGCUCUCAAGUAGCCUCUCCAGAGUCACACACGUGGAAAUAAAAGCAAACACCGCAAAGCCACAGUCGUCUCAAGUGGCUGCUCUUUAAAAACGUGAACGUAUAAACAUCGCCCAGAUGAGACAUACUUUACAAAGCUGUUGUGAAGAAAUCUGAAAAGCUGAUCCUUCUCUGAGGUGUCUUCACUGCACUGGUUUGUUUGAAGGACUUUUUCCAGCAAUAACUUGUAAGAAUAAACUACUUUGCUAGA